AUGCCCGGCUUCGACUACAAGUUCCUGGAGAAGCCCAAGCGGCGGCUGCUGUGCCCGCUGUGCGGGAAGCCCAUGCGCGAGCCGGUGCAGGUUUCUACGUGCGGCCACCGCUUCUGCGACACCUGCCUGCAGGAGUUCCUCAGUGAAGGAGUCUUCAAAUGCCCUGAGGACCAACUUCCUUUGGACUAUGCCAAGAUCUACCCAGACCCCGAGCUGGAGGUCCAGGUGCUGGGCCUGGCUAUCCGCUGCAUCCACAGUGAGGAGGGCUGCCGCUGGAGUGGGCCGCUCCGGCACCUGCAGAGCCACCUGAACACGUGCAGCUUCAAUGUCAUCCCCUGCCCCAACCGCUGCCCCACCAAGCUCAGCCGCCGGGACCUGCCUGCCCACCUGCAGCACGACUGCCCCAAGCGGCGCCUCAAAUGCGAGUUCUGCGGCUGCGACUUCAGUGGGGAGGCCUUUGAGAGCCACGAGGGCGUGUGCCCCCAGGAGAGCGUGUACUGUGAGAACAAGUGCGGUGCCCGCAUGAUGCGGCGCCUGCUGGCCCAGCACGCCACCUCCGAGUGCCCCAAGCGCACCCAGCCGUGCACCUACUGCACCAAGGAGUUCGUCUUCGACACCAUCCAGAGCCACCAGUACCAGUGCCCGAGGUUGCCCGUGCCCUGCCCCAACCAGUGUGGCGUGGGCACGGUGGCUCGGGAGGACCUGCCCGGCCACCUGAAGGAGAGCUGCAGCACCGCCCUGGUGCUGUGUCCGUUCAAAGACUCCGGCUGCAAGCACAGGUGCCCUAAGUUGGCGAUGGCCCGGCACGUGGAGGAGAGCGUGAAGCCCCACCUGGCCAUGAUGUGCGCCCUGGUGAGCCGGCAGCGGCAGGAGCUGCAGGAGCUGCGGCGGGAGCUGGAGGAGCUGUCGGUGGGCAGCGACGGCGUGCUCAUCUGGAAGAUCGGCAGCUACGGCCGGCGGCUCCAGGAAGCCAAAGCCAAGCCCAACCUCGAGUGCUUCAGCCCGGCCUUCUACACGCACAAGUAUGGCUACAAGUUGCAGGUGUCCGCAUUCCUCAACGGCAACGGCAGCGGCGAGGGCACACACCUGUCGCUCUACAUCCGCGUGCUGCCGGGUGCCUUUGACAAUCUCCUUGAGUGGCCGUUUGCCCGCCGUGUCACCUUCUCCCUGCUGGAUCAGAGCGACCCCGGGCUGGCCAAGCCACAGCACGUCACUGAGACCUUUCACCCCGACCCAAACUGGAAGAAUUUCCAAAAACCGGGCACUUGGCGGGGCUCCCUGGAUGAGAGCUCUCUGGGCUUUGGUUAUCCCAAGUUCAUCUCCCACCAGGAUAUCCGCAAGCGAAACUACGUGCGGGAUGACGCCGUCUUCAUCCGUGCCUCUGUUGAAUUGCCCCGAAAGAUCCUCAGCUGAGUGCAGACGGGGCUUCCGGAGAAAGGGAGGGUGGAAUAGGACCUCAGUCAGGAACUGGCUGAACCCAGAGAGGGGGCCGGACCCCCUUUCAGCCUCUUCUGCCUAGGUUCUGUCCCCCUGUCCCCCCUCCCACCUUCCCUACCACCCUCAGGUGCCUCCUAUUGGUGCUUCAGCCCUGGCCGCUGGGGUGGGAGCAGGUCUUGGGGUCAUCAAGGGCUUGGAAACAAGUGAUCGCAGGGUCUGUCUCCUCUCCUGGGCAGGGAAGAAAGACAUGCCUUGGUGCCGGCCACACUCUUCCCGGGACUGAGGUGCCUGCUGGUGCUACGUCCCAAGAGCCAUAGUUGGGGGAGGGAGGGGAGUUGGGAAAGUGAGGGGUGGGUAGGUAGUUAAAAGAAUCUUGUCUUGAGAUCUGAUUUCUCUUCCCCUUUCCUUGGCUGUGCCCCCUCCGGUUAUUUAUUUACUUGGUGCCAGGAGGGCACAGCAGGGAAG